AUGUCGGAACGAACAUCUGCUUCCUCGUCUUCGAGGAGGACGAGACAGAGUUACGAUGCCAUUGGAUCCUUCGUCAUUGACCAAGAGAUAGGAAAAGGGAGCUUUGCAAAGGUUUACCUGGGCCGGCAUAAGGUCACUGGCGCAUUGGUUGCCGUCAAAUCCGUCGAGCUCGCCCGCCUCAAUAAGAAGCUGAAGGAAAACCUGUACGGGGAAAUUCAAAUCCUCAAGACCCUUCGACAUCCUCACAUCGUCGCGCUCCAUGACUGUGUCGAGUCCUCUACUCACAUUAAUUUGAUAAUGGAGUAUUGCGAACUUGGUGACUUGUCGCUGUUCAUCAAGAAGCGAGACAAGUUGAUCACAAAUCCCUACACUCACGACCUUGCGCGGAAAUACCCCGUCUAUCCAAAUGCCGGACUGAACGAGGUGGUGACUCGGCACUUUCUAAAACAGCUGGCGAGCGCAUUGCAGUUUCUGCGCGCUGGGGAUUUCGUUCACCGAGAUGUCAAGCCCCAAAACCUUUUGCUGCUUCCAUCUCCCCAGAUGAUGGCCGACAAUAAGACGGCGAAACACAUUAUGAGCGGCAGCUAUGACUCUUUUACACCUGCUGCCGGUCUAGCCUCGGCCCCGAUGCUGAAGCUUGCUGAUUUUGGUUUCGCCCGUGUACUUCCGUCGACAUCCCUCGCCGAGACACUGUGCGGCUCUCCUCUUUACAUGGCACCGGAAAUUCUACGGUAUGAAAAGUACGAUGCGAAGGCGGAUUUGUGGUCCGUUGGCACGGUUUUGUACGAAAUGGUAACCGGACGACCGCCUUUCAAAGCCAGCAAUCAUGUGGAACUUCUGAGGAAAAUCGAGUCAUCGGGCGAUGUGAUCAAGUUCACAAGGGAGAGUGUUGUGAGCCAAGAGAUGAAAGGCUUGAUCCGUGCUCUGUUAAAGAAGAACCCGGUGGAACGAAUAAGUUUCGAAGAUUUAUUUGACCAUCCUGUUGUCACAGAACCUAUUCCUGGACUUGUGGAAGACGACAUCCCCCAACCACCACGUCGGAGGUCCGUGAAGGAGGAGAGGCCUGUCAGUAGGGCAGAAGAGUCGCUCGUACCCUCGAGGAAGCAGUCUCUCCGAAAGAACCUCGCAGAUCGUGAGGGCAUUCCUCAGACGGCUGGCCCCUCUUCACCAAAACCUCGCCGAUCGUCUCCUCUAGCGACCCCUAACGAGCCCCCUGAGUUCAAUAAACCGAACUACUUCCAGAUGCAACCUAGAGAUGAUCGUCUUAGCCAUUCUCCUCGACAGGAAUCUGCCGAAGGGCUAGGGAUUAAGCGCCCGCAAGUUCAACCGUCAACGUCUGCUCCAACCCGUCCAUCUUCGUAUGUAGACCGCCGACAUCGCCCAUCAAACGCCUCGCUCAGGGCUCCUGGCCGGGAAGCCAAUGUCCCUUCAAAUGAUAUCGUCAGGUCGAAGUCUACCAGAGUCUUGGCCACAAAACCCAUGUCAGAGGAGGAGAGGGCAGCUCAGGAUAUUGCGUUUGAACGCGACUAUGUGUUGGUGGACAAGAAGCAUCUUGAAGUCAACGCACUUGCGGACCAAAUAUCAAUGUACCCCCAACAGCCACAAUCCCCAAAGUCGGCGCAAAUCGUCAGACGCGCAACUCAACAAGGCUCACCCACCUCGACGAGUGGUGCAGUUCCGAGCCCACCUUCCAGAGCGCUUCAGCUGGCUCAGGGUCAUAGCCGUCAGGGUUCAUACGACAAGGCACUUGGGACGAGUCCCAGCAAGGCGACCUCGGUGAUUUCCAAGGCUAUCCAAGAUGCUAGCUUGCGGUUAUUCGGAUUCAAGUACGCCCCUCACCUGCUAGGCAAAGGCCCAUCUCCUGUGCCGCUGUACAACCCGUUCCCGACGUAUCCAGCCCCAAAUGCCCAGACCGGCUUGAUUGCAGAUGGGAAGCAAGGCACCCCCGUGGACGAAGACUCCCGUGUAGCCCAGUGCAUAGAGGAUCACGCAACACGGAGUGAUGUUGUGUACGGAUUUGCCGAAGUCAAGUACAAGCAACUUGUUCCGCUUGCGCCCUCGAUGGAUCAUGGUCUUGGCGGUGCGCCCAUUGAGAAGUCGGCAGAGGAGGAUGGGCUUACAGCCGAAGCCAUCGUCUCGUUGUCUGAGGAGGCACUAGUCCUAUAUGUCAAGGCGCUCACCCUUCUGGCCAAGUCGAUGGAUAUCGCCAGCCUCUGGUGGUCACGGAAAAACAAGGUUGAGACGAGCAACAGUAUCACUUCGGCGGCACGGGAUUCGGCAAACUCGGAAGCCUUGGCUCUCAGGAUCAACGGUAUUGUCCAAUGGAUCCGUUCACGCUUCAAUGAAGUCUUGGAGAAAGCCGAAAUUGUUCGGCUUAAGCUGGCUGAAGCACAGAAGCGACUACCCGAAGAUCAUCCCAGUCACCCAAACAAUCAUGCGAACGACUCUACGGCUCUGAACAGCCUCAGCACGGUCGGCGUAUUCUUGAGCGAGGGGAUUAGUGCCGAGAAGCUGAUGUACGAUCGCGCUAUCGAGAUGAGCCGUGCUGCUGCGAUCAAUGAGAUUGCCAACGAGGAUCUCCCCGGAUGUGAGAUCUCUUACAUCACAGCCAUCCGCAUGUUGGAGGCUGUUAUGGAUCAGGAUGACGACCAUCUCCCGAAACGAAAGGUUUCUGGUGCGUCAAAGGAGGAGAAGGCUGGCGCCAAGGACGAGCUAUCAGACGAGAUCAACAACGAGGACAAGCAAGUCGUCCAAAACGUGAUCAACAUGGUUAACAACAGACUUACGGUCCUUAGGAAGAAGAUGCGUUUGAUUGAAUCGGCUUCGAAAGCACAGCAACAACAGGGGCAGAGGCAUCAGCAACAGGACCUGAUGCGUCGCCGCAGCGGAGAGAUGACAUCCCGCAGCGUCCCUGCUUAG